GGCGGAGCAGGCGGGCCGGGGUGGUCCUUAGGGCGGCGUGCCUGCUCGUGUGCCGGCAGGCAGGGCUCUGAGCCGCCUCUGCUCCAAGCGCAGUCCUGUCCCUCGGGGUGUCGGCUGCGGGCCGGGCCUUCGCAGUGCCCACAGAGGGGCGGCCAGGUGCCUCCGGUCCCUGCUGUGGAAUCUCUGCCCCCCGGGAGUUGUUCGUGUGGAAUCCGGGGGUCACCUGUGGGGCCCGGGGCCAGUGAGGGGUCACCUGUCCUUUCUCCGUCCCUUUCCCUUGGGGUCUUACGAGGAGCUGGUAGUCUGCUUGUCAUCCCUGCACCUGUAUCAGGCCCAGGGCUGGGAGGGAAGCUUUGCAUCUCCCAGUCGCAAAUGGCAGCAGUUGCCCUUCUGGGCACGUAUGCUCGGGUGGGUUGUAGCCGUGGGAGUAGCCGCUGUAGGGCAGAAACCCACAGUGAGCCCUGGAGGGCAGCCAGAAAUGGGGAAAUGGCAGAAGACAGUAUAUUUCAGAAUCUCCUGGAAAUCCUGAUGUGUGCCUCAAGUGAAAUCAAGCAGGCCUACAAGAACUCCUGUGAAUUGGUAGAUCUAGACACCUGCCUGCUGCUUGUAGCAGAGUGUUUCAGAUGUUUGAGGAAUGCCUGUGUUGAGUGUGCCAAGAAUCAACAUGUCAUGAGGAACUUGGGUCUCAUCUCUACAUCUGUCAAUUUGAUCAAAUUGCUUCAUGGAAUACAAAUCAAAGAAGAAUUGUUAUUGACUGCUCUUCGUUGUAGCCUCCAGUUUCUUGGAAACAUUGCAGCAGGAAACAGAGAUUCCCAGAAUAGCAUUUGGAAGUGUGCUUUCCCAGAUCUCUUCUUGACAUGCCUAACGUACAGCGAUGAGAAAAUUGUUGCCUACUGUUGUAUGGUCCUGUUCACCUGUCUUAGUUCAGAGAAAGUGAGAGAACUAUUGGAUCCUGGGAACUUGACUGUGGCUCUCUGUGUCCUGAAAGUCUACAAAGACCAGUUGGAGUCUGAGUGGUCGUUCUUGAUUGUUACAGACCAUUUGCUGAAAUGUCCAGAGUUGGUGAAAGCCCUCUACGCCAAACUGAGCAAUCAAGAAAGAGUUACUUUGUUAGAGCUGAUAAUGGCGAAAGUAAGUGAGAACAACCCCGUUACCAGUGAAGAAAUGAAUGUGUUCGUGAGACAUGCUGACUUCCUUGCAGGCUGUUUCCAAGAGAAAUGUGAAGCUGUGCUCAAAUUAACUUCUGCAGCAGAUGCAGAUGAGGAGGAAGCGCUGGUUACAAUUCGUCUUCUUGACGUUCUUUGUGAAAUGACAUCAAAUAACACACAGCUAGAACAUCUACAGACUUUGCCUGGUUUGCUUGAAACAGCCAUAGAUACCCUGAGAUUAACUCAUCUUGCUGGGAAGCAGGCUGUAAAUAUUUUCACUGCCACACAUGCUAUGACAGGGCAGGAAGAAAUUUCACAUCCAGCUGUGGGUUUUAAAUCUCACCUAAUUCGUUUGAUUGGAAAUUUGUGUUACAAAAAUAGGGAAAACCAAGAUAAGGUUUAUGAGUUAGAUGGCAUCCCCUUGAUCCUGGACAACUGCAGCAUUGAUGACAACAACCCUUUUGUGAACCAGUGGGCAGUAUAUGCUAUCCGAAAUCUCACUGAACAGAAUGAGAGAAACCAAGAACUUAUUGCGCAGGUGGAGGAGAAGGGGCUGGCAGACAAUUCUGCCCUUGAGAGUAUGGGUUUAGAGAUAGAGAAACGAGAUGACAAGUUAAUUCUGAGAUCAGUCAGGAAAAAGCCCUCGUGAACAAAAAAUUAAGAACUGUCAAAUCAUUAAAAGAGGAUUUCUCUCUUGAAAUAUUUUUUCCCCGCUCAGGCAGCGAAGAUUUCUUCAGUUUUACUUCCAGUCUGCUGGAAGUGUUACAUUCAUUCUCAGAAAACCUGCCAAAUGAUACUUCUGCCUCACUGUUGUGAACAAAAGGAUACCUACACGUUUUCCAAAUACCUAGGUAAAUUAACCUAUGGAACAAGAUCCUUCUUUUCAGUUGGUUGAAAUUUCAUUACUUUCUUGUUUCAUUAGUAGAAAGAUGUCAUGCGUGCAGUAUUGACUUGUUAUAAUUUCCAUUGCUGAACCUGGAAAUAACUAUCAUUAAAAACUCAACAAAGAAAUAA